AGAGAUUCCAAAGUUAGGUAUAUAUAUACACACACACUUUGCAGUAACGAAUCAGUCAUUAGUAUUCAACGAUGAAAAUAUUACUACCUUUUUUUACGGCUAUUUUAUUCAUCGCCGGCGCCGGAAAAGUAUUCGCCGGCGAAUAUGUCCGGCCACCGCCUCGGAAAAUGUUCCAUUUACCAUGGGAUUCAAAGCCUUCUUCACAACCUCAACAGGUUCACAUCUCAUUAGCUAAGGACAAACACAUGCGGGUCACAUGGGUCACCAAUGACGGGUCUUCUCCUUCUAUUGUUGAAUAUGGAACAUCCCCUGGAAAAUAUAGUGCUAUAGAUAAAGGAGAAAGUACCAAGUAUAGUUAUCUUUUAUAUAGUUCGGGGAAGAUACAUCACACUGUCAUUGGACCAUUGCAAGAAAAUACCACGUACUUCUAUAGAUGUGGAGGCAAAGGUCCUGAAUUCCAGAUGAAAACUCCACCCUCUAAGUUUCCAGUUACUUUUGCUGUGGCUGGUGAUUUGGGCCAGACUGAAUGGACCAAGUCAACUUUGGACCACAUAGACCAAUGCAAAUACGAUGUUCAUUUACUCCCUGGUGACCUUUCUUAUGCUGAUUAUUUACAACACAGGUGGGACACAUUUGGUCAACUCGUUCAGCCGCUCGCUAGUUCUAGGCCAUGGAUGGUAACACAAGGGAAUCAUGAAAAAGAAAGCAUACUGUUUCUAGAGGAUGGGUUCGUCUCUUAUAACUCAAGGUGGAAAAUGCCAUUUGAGGAGAGUGCAUCCACUUCAAAUCUCUACUAUUCAUUUGAUGUUGCUGGGGUUCAUAUCAUUAUGCUCGGUUCAUAUACUGCUUAUGAUGAGUACUCUGAUCAAUAUAGCUGGCUGAAGGCUGAUCUUCUAAAAGUGGAUCGUAAAAGAACACCUUGGUUAGUUGUGCUAUUCCAUGUGCCAUGGUAUAAUAGUAACAGAGCCCAUCAAUGUGAAGGUGAUGACAUGAUGGCAGCUAUGGAGCCUUUGCUGUAUGCUGCUGGUGCAGAUAUAGUUUUCAGUGGGCAUGUCCAUGCUUAUGAGCGCACGAAACGAGUUUACAAGGGUAAAACUGAUCCAUGUGGUGCUGUCCACAUUACAAUUGGCGAUGGAGGAAAUAGAGAAGGUUUGGCUCACAGGUACAAACAACCCCCACCAGAAUGGUCGGUUUUCCGUGAAGCGAGCUUUGGUCAUGGCGAACUUAAGAUGGUUAAUUCAACUCAUGCCCUUUGGACUUGGCAUAGGAACGAGGACGAUGAAUCAGUGAGGUCCGAUCAGGUUUGGAUAACCUCGUUGAUUGGUUCAGGGUGCAAUAAUGGAGGUAACCAUGAAAUGAGAAGGAUUCUUAUGGCCUCUUAGUCCCUGCGUUCGACUGAAUUCUAUAGGCAUGUAGAUACAUAAUCAGGUGGUUGUUUGUACUUUUGUUGUCAUUUGGUGCUGGAAUUGGUCUAAUAUCCUGGUCCUUCGGCAACCAAAUAGGAAAAUGCAAUAUCAACAUCAAGAUAUGGAAGUUACACUUCGUACAGAAAGAAAAGAAUUUCAAGUUGCAGUAGUUUUUACAUCUGUAUUUCAUCAAACAAAUCACUUAAGUGGUAUACUUUAUUUCAUACAAAAAGCAGUUGAAUGCAUUGAUGUGAA